ACUCCCUGUGCAGAGUGGGAGCCUGCCUACCUGGGCCUGGCCAGCAGUUCCUCCGUGUCGCAAAGCAGUACCUGCCCCACAUGGCGCGCCUCUGUCUGAUCAGCACUUUCCUGGAGGACGGCAUCCACAUGUGGUCCCAGUGGAGCGGGCAGCACGACUAUAUCAACACCUGGAACUUUGGCUACCUGCUGGCCUCGUCCUUUGUCUUCCUCAACUUGCUGGGACAGCUGACUGGCUGCAUCCUGGUAUUGAACAGGAACUUUGUGCAGUAUGCCUGCUUCGGGCUCUUUGGAAUCAUAGCUCUGCAGACGAUUGCCUACAGCAUUUUAUGGGACUUGAAUUUUUUGAUGAGGAACCUGGCCCUGGGAGGAGGCCUGUUGCUGCUCCUAGCAGAAUCUCAUUCUGAAGGGAAGAGCAUGUUCGCGGGCGUCCCCACCAUGUGUGAGAGCUCCCCCAAACAGCACAUGAAGCUUGGAGGCAGAGUCUUGCUGCUUCUGAUGUUCAUGACCCUCCUUCACUUUGAUGCCAGCUUCUUUUCUGAACUGGUCUUGAUUGUUACCUUGGCAGUCGACGUGAAUGUGCGCUCUCACGGCGGCUACAUGCCGCUGCACCUGGCUGUGCUGCAUGGCCAUGAGGAUGCUGCUGUGCUGCUGGUGGUGUGUCUGGGUGCCCAGGUGCAUGUGCGUGACCACAGCGAAUGAUGCGCCUACCAGUACCUGAGGCCUGGCUCUUCGUACAUGCUGCGCUGCCUACUUGGUGAUCCAGGCCUGCCACUGGAGCUAGAUGCGUACGGUGGUGGAAGUAGCAGUCUUGCAGCCAGGCAUCUGGUGCAAGUGGCUGCCACCAUCCUCAGUUCCGCCACCAUCCUCAGUUCCACCACCAGUGCAUUUCUAGGCAUCCUGGCCGACGACCUCAUGCUCCAGGACCUGGCCCGAGGCUUGAAGAAGUCAAGCUCCUUCCACAAGUUCUUGAACGCCUCGCCCAUGGCUCCACAUAAAAAGACAAAGAUCUGCGGUGGUCUGCCAGCCUUCUCAGAAAUCUCUCGUCGACCUACUCCAGUGCCUUUAGCUGGUCUAGUGCCCAGUUUGUCCCCAACCACCUGAAGGUGCCUGGGGCUACCACCGGGUUGAUCUAUCAUGGCCUGCUCCUGGCAGUCUAAGUGCCCAACACUGCAGCCCAGUCAAUGCCUGCAGCCUCAUUCUGUUUCCAGCUUUGCCCACUGCAGCCUGUUUUACCCAGAGGGGCCUGCACUUCUAGCUUCUCUCUGAAGCAUGACCCAUCUCCAGAGAUGGUAUUUGAGAACUCAUUGAGAGCCUCCUAUAAAGAACUCCAGGAGACGGGCCUGAACGCUGGAGGAAACUUGAAGUCCAGGGUCAAAGGUUAAGGGGCAGCAGCUGGUCUGGCCCCAAAAUGGUUAACUGAUGCCUCUGCAUCUACACAAUCCCAAGCCAGAACUAGAGCAAGGGUCUCUUUAAAUGUUCAAAGAUGUUAGCUUGUAGCUUUAAGAUAUGUGGUGGUUUUGUAAUUUGGUGCUUUUAUUCUGUUUUUAAAUUGAAAUGAGGUAAAGCAACUUUCAUAAUAACCUUUUGAAAUUAUAUUUUUCUACUUUUAGGCAAAGUGCUCAGACAUUUUCAAUUUUUUGCUAAAUAUUUUGGAAUUCUGUUUAAAAAAUAGAUGAUCAAGAUCUAUAGGAAAUUAAUCUCAACAAACAAACUUAAAAGUAUACCUCAUUUUAGGCAAUUAAGAUUCUGGAGAGUCAUGAACACAAUAAUGAUUGUGACCAUUAUGAAUGUAACUAAUUCAGUUGUACUGGGAAUGCUAAAUAUUUGCCAACAGGUACAUUUUGAAAGUAAAGGUGACAUAAAGACAGAAAAGCGACAUUUUGGCGGAUACUUUUAAUUUGUGGUUGUCUUGAUAAUGAAAUAUAAACAUGUGCUGGGCACUGGUGGGUGGCUAUUUUGAUUUGGCAUGAAUACUUAAUUCUUUUAAAAAAUUGUGGUUUGUGAAUUGCACCUUUGUGCCAUGUUUCUGAAUCUGUAGAUUUCAAAUCCAGCAGAGCCUUUCGGUGCAAUAGAUGAAUAUUCCAAGAAAAAAAAUGAUAGCAUUAUGACAGAAAAAUAAGUGGAUAAAUAGUAAUGGAGACAGUUAAAGGGCAACUAUUUUACAUGAAUGUUCUGUACAAACAAAAAGUAUGUGAUAUCCAUUUAAAAACAUUUGAAAGGAGACAACUUAUUCCAAAAUAGCAAAUGCAGACUCUCUUUGCUCAUUGAACUUGGAUGAGUGGCUUAACGUCUCCGGGCCUUUGUUCCUACCUGUAAAUGAGAAGGUUUGUAGAUGUUGCCCAGAUUUCCUAUGCUCAACACAGUGUAACUUUUUUCUCUUUUUAAAGAUAUGAGAUCUAUUUACUCAACCAGUUUUUGAAAUAUCGUAUUGUGGUAAUGCACUGCUUUUGCAAAUUGUGUUUGCAUGUCAUUAGUUAUAUCAAAUCGUUUUGUGGCACGGGGUAGUAGAGCUUCCCUCCCACCCCCAUAUGUAUAAGUAAAGCAUUUGAAAUUACAUAA